AGUUUGUUACCAAACAAAGCAAACGAUAAUACGAAACGAUAUAGCUACUUCUUUAUUCUCCAGGAAUGUUUUUACAUAAAUUACAAAAAUAUUAUAUUACCAUGGAACCAUCAAAAAACAAGCGUAAGUAGAAGAGGCUGUGAAAUUGUCUCGUUUCUAGAGAAAUGUACAAUUAUUAGUUCAAAAAUAGAAGAAAAUUACAAAUUCUAUUGUUUUUAAAUUGUAGUGAGUUCACCGUUUUCAAGUAACCUCUUGAAAUUUCGCACAAAAUGAAAUUUAAAAUUCAAUUGUUAUCAACGUUUUUGUGCACCAGUUUAGUUUAUGCAUACAUAGAGGAGCCUGGUCCAAGAUACCCACCAACCAAAGGAGAGCUUUGGCCAAAACCAUACCAUCAAAUUAAAAACCAUAGUUUCUUUACAGUCAGGAAGGAGCACUUCAACUUUAAAAUAAUCAAUAACACGUGUUCAAUAGUAGAAGAAGCAAUUAAGAACUACGAAUCCAUCAUUUUCUCAGGAUAUACUUUGAUGCAAGAAAACUUAAACCUAUCCAAUCAUCAUUUAGAAAAGAAACCGUGGCUAAGUAAUCCCAAAUACCUGGGAAUAUUAGAUGUUUUAGAAAUUAGUCUCGAUAUACACUGCAACGGAAAAGAGAUGCCUUCAGAUCACAUGGAAGAAGCAUAUACAAUAAUUGUUUCUGAAGAUGUAAAGCGAUUAAAGGCAUUUUCUGUAUGGGGCAUUCUAAGAGGCUUAGAGUCAUUUUCUCAGAUGAUAUAUAUGACCAAUGAAGGACUAUCGUUACGUAUUAACAAAACUUCUGUGGAAGAUCGGCCACGAUUCUCUCAUCGUGGACUGCUUAUAGACACCUCAAGACAUUUUAUUCCUAUAAAGAAUAUUCUACUUACACUAGACGCGAUGGCUUACAAUAAACUUAACGUUUUUCAUUGGCAUAUUGUAGACGAUCAGAGUUUUCCUUACGUCAGCAGGAAAUUUCCUGAGUUAAGUUUAAAGGGUGCCUACACGUCGUACUAUACAUAUUCGUAUAAAGAUAUUCAAAAUAUAACGGAAUAUGCAAGAGUAAGAGGUAUAAGAGUAAUUCCAGAAUUUGAUACACCUGGACACACGAGAUCUUGGGGUGUAGCUCAUCCAGAAAUACUAACCGCUUGCGAAGGAGACCUAAAAGGAAAAUACGGACCUAUUGAUCCAACUCAAAAUAAAACCUACACCUUUUUGGACGAUUUUUUUGAAGAAAUUAGUAACACAUUUGCUGAUGCAUACAUCCAUCUUGGCGGUGAUGAAGUUGAGUUUGAAUGUUGGAGUAGCAGUACCAUUAUUAAAAACUUUAUGAAGAAAAACGGAAUCAACGAUUUUAAAGCUUUAGAAAAUUUUUAUUUACAGAAACUUAUUAAUAUGGUAGCUAAACGAAAUCGUAAAUAUAUAGUUUGGGAAGAGGUAUUUACAAAUGGCGUUAAACUACCCAACAAUGCAAUUGUUCAAGUUUGGAAAACUUAUUGGCACUCAGUUCUAUUAGAAGUAACAAACUCAAACAGAACAGGAAUACUUUCAUCUUGUUGGUACCUAGAUCAUCUCAAUACCGGAGGUGAUUGGAUACAAUUUUACAACUGCGAACCACUUUCCUUUAGUAGCAACCCCAAGAAUCAAUUACUAGUUGUUGGAGGUGAGGCUUGCAUGUGGGCGGAGGUCGUAAAUCAAAAUAACAUCAUGUCACGAGUUUGGCCAAGAGCUUCAGCUACAGCUGAAAAGCUUUGGUCACAAAGAGAUGAUAAUUACGACUUACUUAAAGUAAGAAAACGACUGGAAGAGCACACGUGCAGAAUGAAUAGGAGAGGCAUAGAAGCACAACCACCAAAUGGUCCAGGGUUUUGUUACUGAUUUUAUUUUUUAUAAUAGUUAAAGUUGAUAAUAUUAAUUUAAUGACCUUUUAUAUUUCUAUAAGCUUAAUAUUUAUCUUAAAACGUAGUGAAUUGAUUAAAUUUUUCAUAAAUC